AGUGGGAACUAGUCUGCAGCCAGCAAGCAGCGAGCCCGGCUCAGCUCUGCCGCCCGCGCCCUAAGAUGGACGCGGUGUACCCCGAACCGCUGUCGCGCCUGCAGCACCGUCGGGCGGUGCGCAAGCCCGUGCACCGCGGACCCGGCGCCUGCUCGCUGCGCUACCGCACCCAGCCCGUCACCUUCGCAGAGAUCAAGGAGGUAGAUGAAGAGAACAUUGAUGACACAUCUACUGAGACAACUGCAGGUGCAGCUAGCAAAUCCGAACUUGACAUAAACACGAAAUUCGAAGAAUUCUGGAGAGCCGGAAGGGAAAAAGCCAAACAGAAGAAAAAAGCAAAAGAAGCAAAUAAAUCAAAAGUGAUUUCCACUGACUCAAGUCCAUCAUCACCUGAAGAUGAUACAGGAAGUGAAACCAAAAAUUUGACACAGACUUUAUCAAGUCAACGGCCAUCUAUCUGAGAUGUUCAGAUACGAGAAACCAAAUUUUUCCUGAGUCUGUCUCAUGAAGUUGAGAAUAUAAACUUAUGAGUGACGACUGGUUGCUGCAAAUCUUGCAGCACUUUUUUAUGGCGUGUGACAGACACUAAUAUUUUACAGUCAGAAGAAAUAUUUGUCAAUGUGAAGAGUGCGGAGCAAUUAUUGUGGGCACUGUGAUAGUUUUUUAGAUGGCUCCUCUCGAAUCGAACCGAAUGACUAAUACGAAUAUUUUGAUUACUUGUUUUUCACUUAUGUAUUUCUUCACAUAUUUAUUUCAUUUUUAUUUUUAUCACAGUAAGUUUAAUUUUUGACCAUAAAAAUGAAAACAUCUCAUACGAAGAAGCUGUUGAUAUAACCGUGUGCUACUUAAAUUUAACUGACAAAUUUUAUUUAUAUUAUUUUGUAUUUGAUAAUGUAAAAUUUAUGUGUGAUUCAGAGGAAUUAUAUUUUCAUUGUUGACAGAA